UCUAAAUUGACACUUAUAGUAUUAUGGAUAUCAGCUAGUUGAUUAGUAGUGGAGUCUUUGGGUUGAAAUCCUGACUGAUGUACACUUAACAUAUUGUGACUUGAAAUAUAAUGAAACGUAUACUUAAAAAUAUUUUUUUCUAACAUUUUGAUAAAAAUAGAUGUAACAGCAAUAGGUCUAUAAUUAUUGAGAUCACUGAUAUCUCCUUUACCUUUAUAGAGAGCAGUAACAUUAGCCGUUUUUAGUACAUCAGGUAUUACACCAAUAGAUAAAGUUCUAUUAAAUAAUAGUUUGAGUGGGUAUACUAAAGAAGAAGAAAUGUUCUUUACAAUCAUAGUUAAAAUACCAUCAGGACCAGCUGGUUUGUUUUUAUUAAAAAUGUCAAAUUGGUCAGUUAUAUCUUGUUCACUUAUGUUAAUGUCAGAAAGUUCAAAUGGACAUAAGGGAGAUAAAUCAGGUAGGUUAGUGUCAGUAAUAUCAGAGGCAAUGGCCAUGGUGGUAAAGAAGUUAUUUAGUGCCUCAGCUUUAUCUUGUCGAUGGAUUAAUAUUUUAUUGUUAGAUCUAAGUCCGUGGUAAUAUAUACGUCUCUGGCUAAUUUAAUUCCGUGAUGAAAACCGAGAUUUUAACGUCAAAGAAAUAAUGAAUUUAUUUUGUAAUAUUCAGAUGUACAAUUCCAUUUUACUUUUGAUUUUAGUAUUACCCAAUAAUGAUACUGCUGAUUCCAUUGGAUCAUUACGUUGUAUAUAGCCAAUCAGAAUCAAUUUUACAACGAUGUGUUGGGAUGAGUUUUGUUUUGAAAUCGUCAAGGCGCCUGCUAAACAACCUUACGUUCGCACGUCAUACCGCUAAUUCCGUGGUCAUACACAAGUGUUGCCUCAUGAUCAAUAAGCUACCUGAAACAAUACAAGACCUGCUUACAUAGGUCAUACUUCACUAGACAUAAUCAGUAUGGUGUGAAAUACUGUAAACGCAUGUCAAGCGCGACAAGGGUAGAGGUCAAUGGUCAACAUGGCCGACCUGUCUUUCGAUGAAGUCAGACAGGUGCACAAGGACACCGGUUCAGGUGAAAGACGUAAGACCGGUGAGGCAUUUACAAUAGACUUUGGCGAUAUGAAAUCAAAAGAAGGAAAGAAGAACUUGCAAGAAUCCUUUAUCAAAUUUAAGAAGCAGCGACAGAAAGAACUUCGUGAUGAGAGACGUCUGCGAGAGAGGUGUCUACGUAAACAGGGAGAUGAAGAGCACAUGAACAAACUCAGAAAGAAAUUUCUAAAACGAGCUAAAAAAUACUAUGGCUUCCCCUACGCCCGAAAAUACUGGAAACCAGAACAGCCAGAGUACAAGAGUCGUCUGUUCCUGGACUGUUGUGGUUUGGUGCGUCAGGUGAUGCGAGAUCUUCGUAAAGACUUCGGGUUCCGCCUUGGGCCAUGGAAUCAGGCAUACAUGUUUGAUAUACUGCCAAUUGCUGUGGAAAGAGAGGAAGACAUGAAACCUGGAGACCUUGUGUUUAUAUCAGGAACAUACCCACGUCCUAAUGCUCGACAACAGAAGCACCUAAUGACCCAUGUGGAGAUUUGGGCAGGAGAUGGAACCAAAACUAUAGGGGCACGCUGGAACAACGGCAAGGUACAGCUCUGGGAUGACUACCGAUUUGAAGCCAAGAGUUUCGUCAACGCCAAAUACCACUUCCGGUCUAUAGAUACAUGGCUACAAGGCAUCUGCCGCAGCUUCUGCCCCGAACAUAAAUGGCGGCGCUCCUUCAGCCCUAGUAAAAAGUCUAUAUUCUCGUUAGACCUAGACAAGGAUAAGGCAAAUGGACAGAAACCAGACAGUAAUGCAAAGAAACAAGAUAAGGACAUACCUGUGACAGCCAGUUCCCCGGGGAAGGAGGAGGAGUUAGAGGAGGAGCAGCUGGAUGAGGAUAUGGAAGAGGAAAAUGAGGAGGAGGAGGAGGUGGAGCCUGCCUGUGAAAGUGAGGAGGAAGGAUUGGACUGUUCCCCACGGGAACCUCAAUUCCUAAUGUCUCCUCACAAUGCCUCCGGGAAGGUGAAGUACAAUGGCUCAAGUAAACGGUUUCCACAGCGCCAACCACACUCUGCCAACAACACCCCAGUGAACGACAGCGAGGAGGAAAGCGAGGACGAAGAAGACCUAAACAUAGGGGGCAAAAUGGCCAGUCUAGACAUCAGUGAGACCUCUGUGACCAGGCUUGGCAGACUUCAUCGGAGUCACACGGACAUUUUGUCAGGGCGAAGUAUAGCAGAUUACAAGUCACAGCGACUUCUCUCGCAGAGUGUGCAGGAACUGCCCACUCGAUUUCCUGUUAUCAUCAACGAUGUUGGCAAAGCUAAGCCUAAUAAUAGAAACGGUUAUGAACGAAUGAAAAAUCUAGCCUCCCCUAGGAACUCUCUUCCUGUCAAACAAGAAAAAAUGUUCAAGACAAAGAAAAAGUCACUAGAGGAGAGGCGGAGGAUUUUCGGCGAUUUGGAGCAGUCUAGAUCUGUACUGUUGAUUGAUAAUGAUAGUUCAGAUGAGGACAUCAAUGAUAUUAGUACUGCGAUUACAAUUAACAAAAUCAAAUCUGCUGAUGUACUUGUCAAUCCGUCAUCUGAUCAACUUCCUGAUCCAUCGUCAGAUCAUCUUGUCAAACUGCCGUUAGAUGAAUUUGUUAAUCUGUCAUCAGAUGAGCUAGAGGAUGUAACAGAAAAUGGACUUAGAGAAAAUAACAUAACAGAGCAAUUCAAUGAAGAUGAUAUCACAAAGGAAGAUGGAUUUUGCACUGGUGUUUGUAAAGGACAAGAGUUAAAUGACAGAAAGGACAGCAGCAAAGAUGAUGACAAGUACGACAGUGAGGAUGAAGACUUUGUUAAUACCGUACAGACAGCAUCAUCAACACUGAGCCAGGAUGACAAAGACGAUGCUGAGGAGGAGGAUUCAUCUCAAGAUCAAGGAGAGACAGAAAAGUCAGUUGCCUCAGGGUCAGCCCCAGGGUCAGCCCCAGGGACAGCCCCCGGUCCCACCCCCGCUUCAGCUCCACCAGAAGUUAAGGAAGAUACACAGCCUAAAUCGGUCAGAAAAUUUGGAGGCAAGAAGUCUCCAGGGGGAAAACAAUCAAAGCUUCCAUCAUGUAGUCUUCCAAACAACAUGCAGCCGACAUUCUACGUAGGGGGAGGAAACGGUGUAUCUCUGGUUGAAGGGGCAUUGACAGCAAUGGGAUGGAAGAGAACAAUGGAUAAAUAUGACGAGCGCUUCAAACUGAAGUGGACGGAGUGUAAGACAAGAAUCAACUAUGGCUCCUAUAAAGAAGGAGACCAGCUGGUAAACCACAUCCCCAACGGAAACCUGCUCACCAAUAAACUCGGCCUGCUCAACAGCCUACAAGAAUAUGAGCGAGUUACACUCAGCACCAAGGGCAGACCACCCCGGUUACGAUUCACAGAUUUUGUCCCAGAAACCUACAGGCUAGACGAAGCAAAAGACAAGGAAGAAUUUUUGAAAAUGUAUCAAGAUGGAGAGCUGUGGAUUUGCAAGCCGACAGGGUUAAACCAAGGCAAGGGAAUCUUUAUCAUCAGGUCAUACGACGAGAUCAUUAAACUCCUGGAGGAAAGAGUGCACAAGAAAGAACAGGCCCAAAAGGGCACCAAGCCACUCAUGACAAGGGUCGUGCAAAGGUAUAUCAACAACCCAAUGUUGCUGGAUGGCCGGAAGUUUGACAUCCGCGCCUACAUGUUGAUUGGGAGUACAGUCCCCUUCCUUGUCCUCUAUCACAAGGGAUACGUCCGUCUGUGCUGCACCAAGUACGACACCAACGACACAAGUCUCAUGACACAUCUCACCAAUCAGUUUGUCCAGAAGAAGGACCCUAACUACAAAGAAAACAAGGAGGAUUCUGCAUGGUCGAUGGACAAAUUCAACGACUACGUCAAUGAGAAAAUAAAACCACAGGCAAAUUUAGAACAGGAUUGGGUCUACAAUACCCUCACAAAACAGAUGCAGAAGAUAAUGAUCCACUGCUUCAACAGUGUGAAACACAAGCUGACUACCCGGCUCGGUUACUUCGACCUGUUCGGACUCGACUUCAUGGUUGACCAGGACAUGAAGGUUUGGCUAAUUGAAGUGAACGUAAACCCAGCCCUGCACUGUAACUGUUCCGCCCUGAAGGAAGUGAUCCCGUUAGUUGUGGAGGAAACACUACAUAUCAGUGUCGAAUGCUUUGAGAAGGCCAAGCGACACCAAGCACUACUUCCUCUGAACUCCCAACGCGGUUUCUGUGUGUUGUACUGUGGGACUCGUCCAUACUACGUCGCAUCACGCUCAACGCGCAGUGUGUCACCCUCAAAGGACUCUUCAAAUGAGAAAACACGGACAUCAGUAUCAAACACUGCUGUUCAGCGUAACACAUCGCCUGUACGGAGUCAUCGUAUGAUGACCAACAGUACACCCGUGGUAGUGGCAGCAUCGUCUGCACCCGCAGGAAGUAAAAGCACUGACACUACGGUGAAGGAAUGUACCCCACAGACAAUCAUACCCAAACCUGUGCCAAUAACCGAAGAUUUAGUGGCAUUAAAAAUGACUCAUGCAGGUGGAAAUACAAACAAAAAUAGCACCAGUGAAACCGACACUCCAGUGACGGAAGAAACACCGGUUACUGCGAAAAACGAAUCUGCUCCUACUACCAAAGACACAUCUGUCAAAGACACGUCAACAAAAGAUACGACUACAAAAGAAACAACUGCAAAAGAUGCGACUACAAAAGUUACCACUGGUGAUACAAAUAGCCGGACAGCUACAAAAGCUGGCGACGUAGCAAGUAAAUCUGCUAGUGUUAAACCUGCGACAAAGUCGGUCGAUACUAAAAAUAAACCACUCUCUCUUCGAACAAGUACUUCCUCUAGGCCAACUUUGUCAUCUACGGCCAAAACCACAACGUCAAGUGAAAAUGUAAAGGCCCCAGUCAGUGCUCCCAUUAAGACUGUUGUCUUGACGACUACGCUUCCAACAUUAUCACUGACAACUAGUUCUAAUUUACCAACUCAGCAUAUAAAAAAUGAAAUCUUCACAUCGUCAAACAAUAAUGCUGAAACGACAAAAUCAACAUCCAUGCAAUCAAUGUCUACUGUUAGUGGACAUACGUGGACUCUCGGUGCCACUGGUCUCCAAAUGAUUGGUCCAGAGUCAGCCCUUACCACUAAACCAGCCAUCUUGUUUCCUGGUAUCGCUGGGGCCAGCUCAGCCUCCUCCAGCCAAGGGGACACAGCUCUGUCUACGUCUUCCAUGCUCGGGCAGAGUCAGAGUAGCACAACUCUUUUACUUGGCACCAAUUUCACAGGAUCCUCGGACAGUGGCCUGACACGACAAUCCUCAAAAGUACUGACAUCUGCUCACAGAAGGAACAGAGACAAAGAUAGACCUGAUCGUGGGAACUAAUCUUACCUAUACAUCUUUAUUCUUUUAGUGUUGAACAUCAGGAUUAAUGAAAGAGUAUGAAAAUUUUAACUUAUUUCAGUUUAAAUGACUUAGUGCCAGAACAUUCAUAUGCUACCAUUCUGACAAAUUUAAACUUUUAUGUAUAUAUAUUGCAGCAACAAUAGCGAUGGGAAAAUUUCCACACGGGAAAAAUUUGAAGAAUGAAAACAUGCAAACCCUGUUAAAGUAGCAUAUACUUUUACAAUAUCAAUCAAUAUAUAGAACAAACGUUUUGUAUCCGAAAAAUUGCUCAUUCUGAAAAUGUAUAUACAUUUAGCCAUUGAUCAUCUCUUAUAGUAUUGUUGUCUUUUCUUCUUCUAUUUUAAAGUUAUAUGUAUAUCUAUUAACAUUUAUUUUGGUUUCAAUCUAAAUAUUUUCAACAACUAAGUUAUCAUUUAUUAUAAUAUAUUCUGUAUGGCAUUCAAAUCAUGUAAACAGAUCUACAGCUACUGCUGUUGAGCUGGCUAAUAAAUUACAAUGUGAUAAAGGCAGGACUAAACCAGGGUUAGUAUUGGUCAGUAUUUUAAGGUUUUUAAACUUUUUUUUCUACAUUGAAAUCCAAAGGCAGGUUCUUAAAAAUACAGGGUAAUUUUAUGUGGAAAAUAUAUGUACAAAAGAAUCCUCUUAGAUUUCUCAGGAUUUUCUUGAGGAACAUUUUUAUUCUUUGAGCUUGAAAACUUGCAAAUGAAGCUUAUGGUAGGAAUCAUACUAAAAUAGAAAAUUAGAUAUAAAAUUUUCAGAUUAUAUAUAUAGACAUUAACUGCAAUGUAUUAAACACAUUGAAUUGUUCAGGGACAAUUAUUCCAGCCAUUGUGAUUUGAAGAUAGAAAUGAACUUAUAAAAGCAUUAUCUUAAGGUUAACCUAUCAAACCAAAAGUGCAAAAAGUGCAUUGUAACAUUUCUCAUGAUCCAACACAAUGUUCAGGAAACAAGUCAGUUGAUACGUACAGAAAUACUAUUAAAUUCCUCAGGGUCAGGUAUUAUAAUAGUUUGUUGUAUUGUGAAGUGGUCCCUACCUAUCUGUUGAGUAUAUGUAUAUUACAGAAACACAAAGCAUGUUGCUCUUUUUUUUGGCCUACUAAUAAGUUUGGAGCAUUUCUUAAUCCUUUUAAACAUUUGACUGGCACUGAAUUUAUAUAUCAUGAGAACUGUCUUACAUAUAGGGUUAUCUUGAAUGUACGGUUAUUCCCCUACAACAGGGUUAUCUUACAUAUACGGUUAUCCCCCUUUAACAGGGUUAUUUGACAUGUACGGUUAUCUCCCUUUGUCAGGGUUAUCUUACAUGUACGGGUAUAUAUAAUCUCCCUUUAACAUGGUUAUCUUACAUGUACAGUUAGCUCCCUUUAACAGGGUUAUCUUUCAUGUAUGGUUAUCUCCCUUUAACAUGGUUAUCUGACAUGUACGGUUAUCUCCCUUUGUCAGGGUUAUCUUACAUGUACGGGUAUAUAUAAUCUCCCUUUAACAUGGUUAUCUUACAUGUACAGUUAGCUCCCUUUAACAUGGUUAUCUUACAUGUACGAUAAUCUCCCUUUAACAUGGUUAUCUUACAUGUACGGUUAUCUCCCUUUAACAUGGUUAUCUUACAUGUACGGUUAUCUCCUUUGGCAGGGCUAUCUUACAUGUACGGUUAUCUCCUUUGGCAGGGUUAUCUUACAUGUACGGUUAUCCCCCUUUGGCAGGGUUAUCUUACAUGUACAGUUAUCCCCCUUCGACAGGGUUAUCUUACAUAUACAGUUAUCCCGCUUUGGCAGGGUUAUCUUACAUGUAUGGUUAUCUCCCUUUAACAUGGUUAUUUUACAUGUACGGUUAUCUCCUUUGGCAGGGUUAUCUUACAUGUACAGCUAUCUCCCUUUAACAGGGUUAACUUACAUGUACGGUUACCCCCCUUUGGCAGGGCUAUCUUACAUGUACAGUUAUCCCCCUUUAACGGGGUUAUUUGACAUGUACGGUUAUCCCCCUUUGGCAGGGUAAUCUUUCACGUACGGUUAUCUCCCUUUAACAUGGUUAUCUUACUUGUAUGGUUAUCUCCCUUUAACAUGGUUAUCUUACUUGUACGGUUAUCUCCCUUUGACAGGGUUAUCUUAAAUGUACAGUUAUCUCCCUUUGACAGGGUUAUCUUACAUGUACGGUUAUCUCCCUUUGACAGGGUUAUCUUACAUGUACGGUUAUCUCCCUUUGACAUGGUUAUCUUACAUGUACGGUUAUCUCCCUUUAACAUGGUUAUCUUACUUGUAUGGUUAUCUCCCUUUAACAUGGUUAUCUUACAUGUACGGUUAUCUCCCUUUGACAGGGUUAUCUUACAUGUACGAUAAUCUCCCUUUAACAGGAUUAUCCUACACUUGUUAUUAUUUCAUAAAGAUUAAGUACUUUUUCUUAUAUGGAACUAUAAACACUUGAUUGUGAUAUCACAUUCCCAGAUUCUAAGCUUGUUGUGUAAUUAAAUAUUCAUAGAAAGUUACCCUUCAUAAGAAUUAUGUAUAAUAUAUAUAUAUAUAUACAUGUAUGUAUUCCAUUUCUUAAUGGUAAAUUAAUUGAAUACAUCGUAUUUAGUUUGUGAAACAAUUGUGCUGGGCUUUGCUGAAUCACAAGUUUCAUUAGCAUAUAAAACAUUUGUUUUCCUGAUUAUUUAAACUGUUAACAAUUUAUAUAUGUCCUUGGAUACAAUAUUAUCACUGUCAGAUAAUACACAAAAAUAUAACUACACAGUUUAAAAAAAACAGAAUUCGAAAAUUUGAUUUACAUGUUAAGUUGAUGACAUGGAUAAGACUGUGGGAACUGUAGCUCAUUACUUAAUAUAUAUAAUGUGCUGAAGGCCACAGAUCUUUUAUACUGAAGCUGUCAGUCUUUAACAGUCUUUAUUUCUGUGUGAUAUUUAAUUGUUCGUUCUGUUGUAAGUCUUAAAAGGCUUGGUGCAACAUGUACAUGUACCUAUGACAGUAGAGUUUGGCUAAGAAGACAGAAUUAUUGAUAAAGCACUUUUUUGUCAACUUAGAACAUCUAGAAUAAAGUAUUCAACGAUGUUUCACAGUUUUUUAGGAAGUAAAUGAACUUUAUUUAGGUGGUGUGAUCAAGAGCUUUAGAUGUUUGCUAUGCUUUUGUUAUGUUGGAUUAUUUAGACUGAGCUCUGUUUCAUGCUAAAUGUUACAUAUAAAAACUGUAACAGGGCAAAAACACAAACAUACCUUUUUGUCCACUAUGUCAUUAACUCCUACUCAUUAUAAGGUCCGUCAGCAUGAGGUAAGUAUAAGUCAGGUUUUCAUAUAUAAAAUGUUUAAUAUUAUUGUAUGAUUGGAGUGAAAAUUAUAAGUUACCAAGUUCAUAUCCUAUUUAAAGUAAAUGUGAAAUAUAUUUUUUUAACAAAAAUCAGUUCUGCAUUGUAGCAGUUCAUACUGAGUAUAGUCAGUUCAGGUCUGAUUAUAAGUAUAUGUACGUGUACUUAGAUUACACCUGUCUUAAGUCAUUUGUGUAUAUAUUGGUGCACAUAUUCAUCAGAGCAGGCCUUUGAAAGGUAAGCAUUCUUUCUGAAUGUUUUCCCCCCUGAAAAUGCUUAAACAAUUUGCACUGUAUACAUUGUACCUGUUGCUACAGUAUAUAUAAGUAUACAUUGUACUUGUAAAUACAGUAU